AUGUACAAGGAUGAUGAAAAUCGGGAUGUUGAAGCACAGCCGAAACAAAUGAUUCGAAAACCGAAGAUAGUGAUUCGACGGAUAGUUCCGGAAAAGUUUCCAAAUACUUUAAAUAGUAUUGAAACCGCGGAUCCAAAACAAUGUUCGAUAGAGAAGGAAGAAUCUGACGAUGAUGAAAUGGAUGAAGCUUCUUGCGUUGAAACCGCAUCUGAUUGUACUGGAUUAUUUGAUAUGCACAAAGAUGAUGAAAAUCAGGAUGUUGAAGCACAGCCGAAACAAAUGAUUCGAAAACCGAGGAUAGUAAUUCGACGGAUAGUUCCGAAAAAGUUUCCAAAUACUUCACGCAGUAUUGAAACCGCGACUUCAGAUUCUAAAUCAUCUACUAUAGAGGAGGAGGAAUCUGACGAUGAUGAAAUGGAUGAAGCUUCUCGCGUUAAAACCGCAUCUGAUUGUACUGGUAAACUUGAAUUUUAUUAUUUUAAUUUGUUUAUAUCAUAA